AUGGAGGACCUGCAUCACACAGUUAGGGGUGCAGAUAUUUCCGAAUUUUCUGUGAUGGGAGUCUUAGUGAAGCUUGCCCUACAUGCUGUGAAGCAGGAGAAUUGUGCCUCGAAAGAGUCUAUCGAGUUCACCAAAUUGUGCAUAGCAAGGUUAGAUAUACCGGACAUGUUUGCUCCUGUCUGUACGGCCACUGAACAUAUCUGCAACUACGGAGAAAGACGACUUUCCGGCGCGAGCCACGAGGUCGCCUGUGGUUUAGUGCUCCCACGACAAGUCCAAGCAACAUUCUUCUUGCAGGACCUGUGUUUCUUGCUAAAAGAGAUCCGCAGAGUCUGCCGGAUAUGCUUUGACAGUAGUCGGUCGGCUCUACAGACCAUACUGCUCAGCUAUCACGAAACAAUCCCAACUUUAAUAGGAGAAUGGUUAAGCCAGAAGCUCGAUCCUAUCCAGUUUGGACAAACAUACCAGCUAUAUUCACUUUUGGGACUGUUUUCUAUGCUGUUGGGGCAUUUGCGAAAUGGAAAUUUGGAUUCUUUCCAAUACACGUUUGAUAUUGCCAUACAAAGUGCCGACGAUGUGUUAGGCGAAAUUAAGGAAGAGCUGGGCACAUCUAUGCUCUAUGGCAAACUCAGUUGGGAUGGAGCAACAUAUGCCUCUGUAACAUUUGGCGCGUGCUUGGAUGACUUACGAAAGCAACUAUUGCAUUUGCAAGAACAUGCCGACCCUCCAGGCCGUCCAAGAACAGACCUACUACACUCAAUCGAGUAUACAGAAACAAUAUUACCAGUCCUGGGCCUCUGUGGUCCGCAACGCGCCUCCCCCGGCCCAUAUGACCUCCUCCCACGGCUCCUCCAGCACCGCCCCGGCCACCCGUCGGAGCUUAGCAAGGACUGCGAGGUCAUCGUCAAGCUGCGGGAUGCUGGUGCAGUGCGCACCUACCGACGUCUCACGGCCGCGGAUAUCAAGCAGAGAGCGGAGACAGCGAAACAGAAAGCGUGCGGCCAGACAGGGGCCCUCUCCCUGGCUAAGGCGCGCUUCGUGGCUGCAGUAGUAGAAUGA